AGCAGCGAGUCACUGAAGCGUACAAAGUGGUUUAUUAUUAGCUGUUGACAAUGACGGGUGGGAUCCCAUCGGCAUGCGCCCAUUUGAAGUCGGCUGGUUGUGAAGAAGCUAACACCCCUCUGGCUUUUCAAUCGGGUAGACUGGCCAGUGCUAGGGCAGGAUGACUUGAUAAGAGUUUUGACGUGUUGCACUCGCGUGCUCGACCGUACACUUUCGUGGUUUGGGAGGGAAUCGGGGAGUGGUUGUUUUGCCCCCUCCUGCCAUAUCGACACGUUGAAAAGUUUCAGAAAGUUGCCGAAAGUUCUUGGAAUACACGUGACCGUCUACUCAGCGACCAUGGGACGCCUGAAAGUUUCAGAAAGGGUCGAAGAACGCGAAAACAUGAGCUGAUAUAUGUCGUUGUUGUACUUCAGCUCAUCCAAAAAGUUUUCGAACUUGGUGAAGUUUUCUGAAUGGAAUCUUAGAAGAUAGACUACGAGCCAGUCGCUUUGUGUUGCCCAGUGCAUGUGUCGCAUCAGCUGAAAUGUGGAUGAGAAGUUUCAUUUAACGGAUAUACGACUGGAUAUAGUGUCAAUAGACCUUGAUCAUGUCUGUGGGAGACACGUGUUCCGUGAGAGAGAGAAUCAAGUGGUUGCGUAAUCAUAUAUCAUUACAUGUCAGACUGGACACGCGUUAAGUUGUAUUUCAGUAUAGCUUCUGUAGUAUUACAUCUCUUGAUUUAUACAUCUUGACAGAUGCAUGGCGAACUGGGAACUACUAUGGCAAGGAAGCGUUAUGGAAUUGUUAAGACCUAUGCCACCUGUUUGCUCGUGGGAUUCCUUGCGGGUAUAUUACUUUCAAAUUAUUGCAAAAAUAAAUUUUUCUCGCGAUGUGGAUUACCAGAUAUAUGCUGCGAAGAGAUUGGCCUCUCAACCAGCAAUUCCCCAGAUGACAAUGCGGCCAAAACAUCUGACGGGCAACAAAAUGAAAACCCCACAAAUAAUUUUGUUUUCGUUGGAAUCAUGACAGCGAAAAAAUUUAUUGAUUCAAGAGGGCUAGCUGCUCAUCGAACUUGGGUUAAUACCAUUAAUGGAGAGGUGAGAUUCUUCUCAAGUGAAGGUUCCAUAUCCAAACAUGGAGUACCUGUUGUUGCAUUACCAAAUGUCGAUGAUUCCUAUCCACCCCAAAAGAAGUCCUUCAUGAUGUUAAAAUAUAUGCAUGAUCAUUUUCUUGAUCAAUAUGAAUGGUUUGUCAGGGCGGAUGAUGACGUUUUUGUCAAGGGGGACAAACUUGAUAAAUUUCUUCGAUCGAUAAAUAGCUCCAAACCUCAAUUCAUUGGCCAAGCAGGUGUUGGAAAACCAGAAGAAUUGGGUCUUCUUAGUUUGACCGCAACAGAAAAUUUCUGUAUGGGUGGACCUGGAAUGAUAUUUAGUCGUGAAACUCUUCGUCGAAUGGCUCCUUACGUGAGCAACUGUCUUCAGAAUUUGUAUACAACUCAUGAAGAUGUAGAAAUUGGAAGAUGUGUCAGAAAGUAUGCUGGAAUACAAUGCACCUGGGCCUAUGAGAUGCAACAAAUUCUAUACCAGAACUACAAAGAGGACAAAGGAUCGUUCAAAAAGACACUGAAGAGCAAGGAGGUUGAGAAGGCUGUGACCCUGCACCCAGUGAAGGACCCAGUGUAUCAGUACCGUAUCUACAACCAUAUCCAGUCCACCAUCAUCAUGAACCUGCAUCAGAAGGAGCUGCGGCUCGUCCGGGAGGUGACCAUGAUGGAGCAGCUGCUUGGACUACAGAAGUCCAACAUCGUGGACAACAAGCUGGGCAUCUUGCCCUCGCUCAAUAAAUACCCACCAAAAUCAGAGGAGGAGGUGCUCACUUGGGACUUUUUGAAAAAGCCUAUAUAUUCUCAUAAUCAUUUGAAUCCAAAGCGGGGAAUGGAGGCAUCCUUGUCCGGGGCUUUGGAUGAUGUUGUCAUGCAAGUCAUGCAGUUAGUGAAUAAAAACGCCCGUCAGAGGGGGAGGACUAUAGAUUUUAAAGAAAUUCUGUAUGGUUAUAGGAGGACUAACCCUUUAUUUGGGGCAGAUUACAUUCUUGACUUAUUGCUCAUAUAUCGCAAACACAAAGGCCGCAAAAUGACAGUGCCUGUGCGUCGCCAUGCUUAUUUGCAGCAAUCCUUUAUGAAUGUUUUGUUCACUGAGGAGAUUCCCAAAUAUCAUCCGAGGCCAAGUGUUGGGGGGCAAGUGAUAAACUUGUUCAGGCAAAUAGCUGGUGGAUCAGAUGAUCAGAAAGCUUUAGACAAAAGAAAAGAAACAAUUCAUUUUAUAAUGCCUCUUGCUGGACGAUUAAAAAUAUUUCAGCGCUUUAUGCGAAACAUUGAGGAUGUGUGUUUUAAAUCUGGUGAAAAUGUGCGUCUUCAUGUGGUGUUGUUCAACAGUGAAAAGGAAGACAUGGCUUUGGAGCGGAGCAUUGAUCUGCUUCAGAAGUAUCAGAGGAAUUACGGUGGCAAUAACAUUGAGAUCAUACAAGCAAACGGUGCUUUCAAUCGUGGUAGGGGAUUGGAGUUGGGAGCUUCAAAAUGCAAAAGUGAUGCAUUGUUGUAUUUCAUAGAUGUGGAUAUUGUUCUGAGGAAAGAUGCCCUGAAUCGAAUUCGCCUGAACACUAAACAAGGCUUCCAAGUGUACUUCCCCAUUGUGUUCAGCCAGUUCGACCCAACGACAGUGUGCCAGGACGACAGUCAGCACUGUGCGUGCCCCAGCCCCAACAACUGUUUGAUCAAGCCAUAUGACUUCCAUCAUGACACAGGCUACUGGAGACAGUUUGGCUUCGGCAUUGCUGCCAUGUAUCGCAGUGACAUGCUGUCAGUAGGGGGCUUCGAUCUCAGCAUAGAGGGCUGGGGGAAAGAGGAUGUGGACCUCUACACUAAAUUCAUUGAAAGCAAUAUCACAGUGUUUCGCUCUAUAGACCCAGGAAUGACACAUGCUUUCCACCCAAUAGAGUGUGAUGCUAGUCUCGAGACAAACCAGAUGACCAUGUGUAUCAACUCCAAAGCCCAGAGCUAUGGGUCAGUGUGGCAAAUGGCUGAAACAGUGUACAAUGAAGACGACAUCAUGCGGCGCCACGAGAAGCAUUCACUGGAUGUGCGAUCCUAAUGAACAUCCAACUUAGGAUCUCACUGGGGACUUAAUUGCAAUUUGCUCUGCAUGUAUUCUACAGAUUCUGGCGGGGUUGUACAGGGGAUGUUUUACAGGUGGACGUUUUACAGGCAUCACAAACUUCAGUGUUCAUCUACUAAAGACCAUACAUGCCUGUUGAUAUAUUGAUGGAUGUUUUUUAUGUUUGUAAAAGUGUAGAAUUUUGUUCAUAUGCUGCUUUGUCCCGUUUUGCUCAAGAAUGUUACAUCGUGUAUCCAUUACCAUGAUAGGGAGUGGUAGAGCUACCACAAAAGGGGAACAAAUGUUAUUUACAGAACAAAAUAUGAAAUGCUGGAAGAUGUUUAUUUGUUAUCUUCAUUCAUGUGUGAUUAAUGUGCACGAUGUUAUGCUUUGUGAAUGUAGUAUUUCUUGAUGAACCGAAAGCUUUGAAUGACUGGAAUGGUGUGCCUCUGGGAACGACAUAGAUGUAGACGUCCAUUAUGUAGGCUUUUGUAGUGUAAAUUGCCUCGAGAAUUCUCACAGCUUACAUGUGUACAUAAUUAGCACAGCUCUAGACCUCUGCACAUGUUAAAUCCAUCCAUCCAACCACUUCAACAUCAGAAUCAUGUCACUUCAUAAAUACUUCAUUUGAAGCUUUUUUAUUGAGAAAAUUAUGAAGUGCUCAUAUUCCAUUUUUAAUUUACAAAUGUUAUUAACUUGCUCUUGAAGGUGUAUUUAGUAUCAGAACGCCAUGGAUAGUCGAGGCUAAAGUUUCAUCAAGACAUCAAUUUGGUAUACGCUUCUCUUUACAUGAUAAGGCAGCAAAUGGUUGACAUUAUUGAAAUGCAUUCAUAUUAUUUUUAAAUGUCAGUCUUUUAAUGUUAUAAUGUUGAUGAUAGCCAUGUGAUUUUCAUGAAAAGAAGCAUUGAGAGAGAAGCAUGAAAUAACCUACAUAUACAUUUGGCAUGUUCGGAGAGAAUAAUCUGUUUAAAGUUCAUUCUUUCUUGAAGAUUCUCAGAAUUAAUAGUACCAAGUAAGAGAGACACUAGCUUGUCUCCAUUGUAUGAAUAUGGUAUUAAAGAUGCCUUCUUUUGGGUACAAAACUAUUGGAUAAAGAAAGUAUUUUUUCCAAUUUAUGGCACAGGUAUAAUUUUGAGUUGUGUUUUUUUUAAUGGCACACACCCAGCAGAAUGGGAUGUGAUGUAAAUAAGAGUACUUCACUCUCUGAGUCCAUACCAUACUGUACAUGUUGCCUAUGGGCAGCUUUAGUGUUGCUCAGCAUUACGUAGACAUAGGGAAGCAGAAAUACAUAGGAACCAUACUUACUGUUCCUUCCAUAUUACAACCUGUAGAGAAAUUUGUUAUAAGGUUAAACCAGACCAAUUUUAUUUCUUGUUUUACAGAUUUUGUCCUCAGAAAACCUAAAGGCAGGAGGGGAAAAAAAUAAUAAUAAAAUCACCAGUCAAAGAAAAAUUCCUUCUAAAUAUUAAAAGUAUUUUUGCUUCUGGCAAUGUAUGAAGUGUUUAUGGGGCAAAAAACAAUCAAAAAAGAAUUUCUUGUAAGUUUACAUUUUUGGCCAAUAAAAACAUAAGGAUUUUAUAUUUUGAGCGGGGAAAAUUAAUUCCCAUUUUUUUUCUUAUCCUUAAGAAAUACGACCCGUGGAUCCGUAAAACAAGAAAUAAAAUUGGACUGGCCUUAAGUUGCAAAAGCAUUUUUUUUAGGUGACAAAGAUUUUUUCUGUCUCAGUUUUCAUUUGAUGAAGUUUGUAUACCCAGAUUCAUAUGUUGUAGUUAGUAUGGUUAUGUGUUUUUUAGGCUGAAAAAAUGACAUACUUUCAUGUGCAUAUGUCUAAAGUACUUGAAAGAUAAGCCAAAUAUUAUUUGGGGGUCCAGCAUGAACUGCAAAAGCAUGAACUUCAUGCAAGUUAAUUCUUGGUUGUGCAUCAAUUCAUAGUUGUGUCUCAAUCACUUUAAGCAAUGUUAUUCAUCUCUAGCAUCAAUCAUAUACACAUGAAUGUCUCAGAGUGGGAUGUUUCUGUCUAAAUGUUUAUCAAUGUAUCUUCUCAUUACAUCAGUAGCAUGUAUCAGACACACAUCAUUACAUAAGGCCUUGUCAGCAUUUCUAAAAUGUGGAGGGGCUGUGGGGUAGCCUAGUGGUUAAAGCGUUGGCUCGUCACGCCGAAGACCCGGGUUCGAAUCCCCACAUGGGUACAAUGUGUGAAGCCCAUUUCUGGUGUCCCCCGCCGUGAUGUUGCUGGAAUAUUGCUAAAAGCGGUGUAAAACUAAGUCAGUCAGUCAGUCUAAAAUCUGGAUUUCACUAAAACAGAAAAUAAUCUUGUAUCAAUGGUUCCAUUGAAACAAGCAUGCAGUUGUAAUAUAUUUGCAUAGUACAGUUAAGUAUUUUCUUUACGAUAUGAGUACUCUUGCUCAACUUCUGAAAGGCCUCGCCACCAGUUUAUCAUAAUUUCUCCAAAGAUCUAUACUUGUCAAAAUGACUAAUCCAUAGCAGCUAGGUCACACUUCCAUUUCAUGUAAUAGAAUUUCUGACUCUUUCUUUUCAUAAUUUAUCUUGAGAAGCUUACAGUGCCAUCCAUUUGUGUCGGUUUUGGUUGUGAAUAAUUGACGGUCAAGAGGUGUGUGAAGUAUUUUUAAAACAGUCUCUAUGAAAGUGUCACAAAUGAUUACUUAGUCUUCCUUGUAAACCAAACAAGGGUUUCUCUGAGGGUGUAAAUAUUGAGUGGAAAUGAGCUUUUAUCCCAGAUUCAUGUUAUAGUACAGGUCAACAAGAGUCUCAACCUGUAGCCAUGCCUCUUACAUACACAGCAGUAAUGGCU